AUGGCUUCCACACCACCUAAAAUCACGCCGCCGAGCGCUACAAGCUACACCGAGAUGAAGCGCGAUGUUGAGGAUAUCGGGGCUCACUGCCAAAUGCCCUACUGCCAUGUCCUCGACUUCCUCCCCUUCCGCUGCGAGAGCUGUAAAGGAACCUACUGUCUCGAUCACCGAUCCGAACACGCACACAAGUGCCCUAAAGAAGGCGAUUGGGCACGCCGGAAAGCAGGCCGUGACGGCACCACAACACUUAGUUCAGUCAAUGGGAAACCGUCGCUCUACUCGCACGACCAACAAUGCUACGAGAAGUCCUGCAAGACGCUCAUCAACACGAGCCGCAUGCCCGCGAACCAGUGUUCGACCUGUAACCGAUCGUACUGCCUACCACACCGCUUCCCCGAAGACCACGACUGCAAGAACGUAAAACCCGCAGGCGCGCGAUUAGGCGCUUUUCAACAACAGCGCGACCGCGGUCUAUCCACUCUAGCCAAGCUCAAGGUAUGGGCCGAGGAGAAACGGGCAAAAGACGCAGCGAAGAGCACAAAGAAGUCGGGGUUCCUCGGCCUAGGAUCUAAGAGCUCCUCAGGCGCACGGGAAGCGCUGGCCGCUGCGAACGAGCUGAAGCGGACCGCGAAGGGCGAUGCAUCGGUGCCGCAGGACAAGCGCAUUUACCUCCAUGUUGAAGCCUCAGCCGAUACUACGAAAGCGAAGUACCCAACGGGCAAGUUUUACUACAACAAGGAGUGGACUGUGGGUCGGGUGCUGGAUAUGGCGGCCAAGUCGCUGCAGGUGCAGAACGUAAAUAAUCACGGUGGCGGCGAGGAGGAGAAGCUGAGGGUGUUCCAUGUGGAAGGAGGCAGGCUGCUCAAGUUCAGCGAAAAGAUCGGAGAGCCAUGUCAGACAGGCAAUAUGAUUGUCUUGCUGCGCGGUGUUGGCUCGGGAGAGCCGGAUUUGAUUGACUUGUAG